GCGCACUUGGGGUCGUGAGUGAGUUUGAGCGUGACAGAGACAAGCGGGGCAAAACCGCUUGAUUUUUGAGAACUCCUCCACACAGGAGCCGCUGAAGAUCCAGUCACUUCUAGCACUUUUUUUGCUGACAUAGAAAUUGAAGCUUUACUUCUGUGGUGGACCCGGCGGAUCUGAGAAAAAGACUAAAAGAAAAGUUUGUGGGAACAGCGAAACAACUGAGGGUAAAGAAAGAAAGAAAAUCACGUUUUCCUUUGUUAUUAAUAUUAUUUAUCUCUUUAUCCGAACGGUUCUGUAAAUAUUAUGAGUGGAACUUCAGUCUUAUUACUCCAGAUGGACUUUUAGCAGCAAUGGACACUCCCCAAAGACUCCAAAGAAAUAUAAAUCUAUUCUUAUAAUUAUUAAGGACUUGUUUUUCCUUCAGAAACUGCACGGCUGUUGUAGUUUUUAUGAACUUUGAAUGAGCAUUCAAUACUUAAAGUUUUUCCAUUUUGUUCCAAAGAGCGCCGUGCGCUCCAGCCGCCGUGACAUAACGGAGCCUCUGGAAAUUACGCGGAGCUGACUUUUUUUCUUCUUUUUUUCUGGCAUGAUUGGCGCUCUCUGUUGAGCAGACAACUUCCAACGUUUAUAGUCCUCCAUAAGCCCGUGAUACCAGCUCUCCUUACUCCCUCUGAGAGUGUCGGGGUGGAGAUAUGGGAUGACUGGAGGCGGCGGUGCAGCUGAGGUGAGACCCAGGCGAGGGACAAUGGUUGCGCCCGGCGUUGGCAUCCUGCUGUUGCCGGGGCGUCUGGUACUGAUGCUGCUCCUGCUGUCUGCCUCCGAGCCCAGCCAAAUCUGCAACAGCGGCUGCAGCUGCAAGGAUGAAAAAAUCAAGCCGCACAGCGUCCAGAAUGAGGGCAAAAAGGUCAACUGCAGCAAGGAGGAGCUGCUUGAACUUCCGGCUGCUAGUUUGUUUCCCAGCAACACUGUCAGUCUAAUUUUGAGCAACAACAAAAUCCAGACUCUAAAGAAUGGAUCCUUUGUUGGACUUACCGCUUUAGAGAGGCUAGACCUCAAGCACAACUUAAUCAGCACCAUCAUGCCAGGAGCCUUCCAAGGCCUGUCUGAGCUUCGGAGACUCGACCUCUCCAACAACCGCAUUGGCUGCCUGACAGGAAACAUGUUCCAGGGGCUGACAAAUUUGGCUAAACUGAACUUAUCUGGCAACAUCAUUUCCACCCUGGAUUCUGAAGUGUUUGAGGAGCUGCCGUCUCUCAAGCGGGUAAACUUCAACUCAGACUACCUGACAUGUGACUGUGGGCUUCGUUGGGUUCCAAACUUCCUCCAGAGCAGGUCGGUGCAGAUUGGGUCUGAAACGUUGUGUGCCUACCCCAGCACCUUAAGGAGGGAACCACUGAACAGACUGAAGGAAAGCCAGUUGAGCUGUGAUGGUCCCCUGGAACUGCACACCUUAUUACUGCUGCCGUCACAAGGACAGGUAGUCUUCAAAGGUGACCAACUACCCUUCCACUGCACUGCAGCUAUGGUGGACAACAUCACUGCUUUACAUUGGCAUCACAAUGGUCAAGAGGUGACCUCCAAUCCAGAAAUGGGAGUCCAGUUAGGCAAUAAUGUUGUGCACGACUGCACUUUAAUUACAAGUGAGCUGAUUCUGUUCAAUGUCCAUGUGGAGGCCAGUGGAGAGUGGGAGUGUGUGGUUUCAACUGGGCGGGGCAACACCUCUCAUCGUGUGGAUAUAGUGGUGCUGGAGAACAGCGCCCCCUUCUGCCCAGAAGAUAAAGUUGUCAACAGUCGUGGGGAGUUUAGGUGGCCAAGAACAAUGGCAGGUAUAACUUCUCAUCAGUACUGCCUACAGCUGCGUUACCCCUCCUUGUCAGUAGAAGGGGGAUCAGAGCAGAAAAAAGCCUCUCGAUACUGUGAUCGCUCUGGAAAGUGGCAAGAGGGCGACUAUUCAAACUGCCUCUACACCAGCGGGAUCACUCGUGUUCUGCAUACCUUCAUCUUGAGGCCCAUCAAUGCAUCCAAUGCUGUCACUGUGGCGCGUCAAGUGUGCACAUACACUCUAGAAGCUGAAAGUUUUACCGACUCAGUAUCGAUGCUUUAUGUGGCAGAGAUUAUGGACAAACUCAUGGAGCAUGUUACACAGCAGCGAGAAUUGUCAAAGGUGAUGGUGGAGAUGGGAAGUAACCUAAUGCAAGUGAAUGAUCAGAUCCUCACAAUAGCUCAGAAAGAAAAGAGAGCCUGUAGUUCGAUUAUCUAUUCUCUAGAGACGCUGGCCUGGCCUCAGCUACACAGUCAUGCUCAAGACUUCUCUAUGACUUCUAGGAAUAUAGUGAUGGAGGCCCACCUAAUAAGACCAGCUCACUUCACUGGUAUCACUUGUACUGUAUAUCAGCGUCAUGGAGUGUCAGUGGGCCAGGGAGCCGAUGUGUCGGAGCCUUCUCACCAACAGCAGCUUCAUUUCCGCUGCACGGCUGGCUCUCAUAACACUUCACUCAACAACUUUCCCCUUAAGAAUUCUGAAGCCUUGGCCUCUGUGAGUCUUCCACCUACCCUGUUUCCCCCUGACGCUGCUUCAGAUUGUAAGCUGCAAUUUGUUGCCUUUCGAACAGGCAGCUUCUUUCCUGUUUCCACCAACUCAAACAGGAAUUCUGAACAAUUCCACAAACGCACUGUCAAUAGUCCUGUCAUCUUUGUUGGCCUCGAUGGUUGUAGCAUGUGGAACAACUCCGAUCCUAUCUGGGUGUCCCUGCGCCACUUGUCUCCCGGCAGUGAUGCGGUGCCAGUUCAAUGGAGCCUUCAAGAACUUGAGAAGCAAGGAGGAUGGAGCCCGGAAGGCUGUCGCCUUGUCCACAGUGACAGCAGAACCUCUACAAUGGGCUGCACUCUGCUCAGCAAUUAUGCUGUACUGCAGGAGGUGCCUGAAUUCCCCAACACCAACACCAAUUCUGUGAGGAUGCUCCACCCUGUGGUUUACGCCUGCACUGCAGUCCUCCUCCUUUGUGUCUUCACAAUAGUUAUUACACACAUAGUACAUCACAGCUCAAUUCACAUAUCAAGAAAAAGUUGGCACACACUCCUGAAUGCCUGUUUCCACAUCGCCAUGACAACAGCAAUCUAUGCGGGGGGCAUAGGCUUGACUAGCUAUCCUGUGGUUUGCCGGGCUGUGGGCAUUGCUCUGCAUUACUCCUCGCUUUCGACAUUGCUGUGGAUUGGAGUCAGUGCCAGAGUCAUUUACAAAGAGGCUGUCUGGAGAAUUCCUCAACAGACCGAGGGAGAGACUCCUGCUCCUCCCACGCAGCGACCCAUGCUCAGGUUCUAUUUGAUAGCUGAUGGAGUUCCUCUCAUCAUUUGUGGGAUCACUGCGGCUGUUAAUGUCAACAACUAUGGAGACAACACUCCUUACUGUUGGUUGAUCUGGCGCUCCAGUCUGGGCUCUUUCUUUGUUCCAGCUAGCUUGGUCGUGCUGGUGACCUGGAUUUACUUCCUGUGCACUGUGUUUCGCCUGAAGCACCAUGUGACCAAAGAAUGCACAGGAACUACUUUGUCUACUGGGAUUGAGAGCCACCCUGCACUGGAAGGAAGUACCAGUCUAAUUUCCACCGAUUCAGUUGUGGUACCUGUCACUCCGGCUGUGUCUCCCGAAGAUCAGUACUCGCUGAAGACACAAUUUUCUGUGCUGGUAGCCACCCACUUCCUUUUUGUGGUUAUGUGGUGUUUUGGAGCCAUGGCAAUGUGGCUCACAGGCCACUCUAGCUUGCUGUUUAGCUGUCUCUAUGGAAUAGUUGCCAUAGUUUUGGGGGUGUUUCUGGUGGUGCACCACUGCUUCCGACGUCUGGAUGUACAGGCGUCUUGGUUGUCUUGCUGCCCAGGCUAUCGUCGCUCCCACCCCAUCGCUACUUACACACAUACCUGCACCGCUGGGAGUGGCAUGCAAAAUUCUGAGAAGGGAUCUCAGCUCUUCAUCAACUGCCAUCCAUCUGUUGACUCUCACAACUCAUCUGCAAGGUCCUCGUCCACGCCUAGUGCAAUAAGCAGUGUUGGCCAUGCACCUUGCAAGCUCACCAACCUCCUGCAGGUGACCCAAGACAAUCCAAACAUUACCAGCAUCCCCACAGGGAAUAAUACGAACAUCAGCACUGACCCCAUCACCAAGCCAACGAACAAUGUUCUUCCUUUAAUUAACUCAACAGCACCGGUUCACCCCCAAAGAAAGAAAAUUAGCAGCAGGACUAAACAAGGAGGCACUCAGUAUUACCAUCGGGGUGAAGGCAGGGGACACUAUCGUCUCAAAGCUCUAAGGACUGCUGGAGGAGGAGGCAGUCUUGGAGCUUUAGGGCCCACAAGUUUAGAGCACCUCAGUUCUUCGCAUGCUGUUUAUAAACAGGCCACAAGUGAGAAUGGCAGCAUCCACCACAGUCUAUCAGAAAACCAGGCCAGCCGACUGACAAAUGGGAAGCGGCUAGGAGAGUCAGUGGCCACCAGUCCCUCUGAAGGAAGUGAUGGAGGUAGCAGUGGGAGUCGCAAACCUUUUCCACUUCCACCUUCCGUAGCUAUGCAUGCGGCUCAAAGACGAUGCUCCAGCAGAGACAAUAUGAAGGUGGUAGCAUCUGCAGAGCAAGAAGCAAAGCGCUGCUCCUACCCUUUGAACAGUGUCACCACCACUGUUCCUGGGGCUGCUGCCGUCAAUGGCAACCUGAAAACCUCAGUGCUAGAGCUCGAACCGGACAUGAGUGGCACAGACCAGUCCCAGAGCUCUGUGGGAAUAAAGAGUGGUUUGUGGAAAAGUGAAACCACUGUGUGAACUGUAAUUACAAUCACAAAUCUAUGCAUUACCACAAUGAAAUGACUGAUCUCUUAAAAAAUACGUAAUUUAAGAUUUUAUUAUCUAGAAGGCAUCCAGGAAACUAAACUGGCACUCUUGCUGCUGUAGCAAUGUAAGAGUUUGCUGUGAAAUACUAAGGCAGGUUUUUUUAAUUGUGCGUUUUGAGCUAAAGUUAAGCAUUUAUUUUAUUCACUUAACAAAAAUGUAAAUAAUGUUGACUUUAAGUGUCUAAGAAAAGCUUUAUUGUUUUAGCUGCCAUUUGUCUAUGCAUAUCAACUAUUGGAUAAAAUGGAACAUGAAAGGAACCAUUUCAAAAGUAUAGCAUAUGCAUUUAAUCUGAGAGCAAGCUUUCAGGCUUUUCUUCAAGGGACUGUUUAUAUAUGCAAAUGUAUGCACUUGUAUGGCUUUUGUGUGUAUGUAUGGAUGUGUGAAAAUCUACAAACAUAAAGGGGGAUAUGCAUGUGUGUAACUGUAAAAUAUCUAAGAGGGAUUUAAAAAAAAAGGCUAUGUGAGACUUUUAAAUAUAAAAGAUGCUGCAAUUUCUUUGUGUACUCAAUUAUCUUUGAUAAAGUUUUUUCAUACAAUGUUUUUUUUUUUAAUGACAUUGUUUUUUUUUUAAUUACUUUACUGACAAUCCAACUGAAGAUCCAACUUCCCGUCCUAAUGGCUAAAUGACCUUGCCCUUCAUCAAAAGGGAAAAUUCUCUGUCAUCUAAGUGAGUUGAAAUGGUGCAGUGAUGCAAAUUGAAGACAUUUAAAAGUAAAAUAGAUCUUGGAA